UUACAAAGGCUGAGCAGUAAAUAUAAUCAUCCACUUUUUGCAACACCACAAUAAAAUAGUAGUAAUAAUUUAAUAAUAAAAAUAAAAAUGUGAGAAGAUGAAAAGGGUGGAUCCGAUUCAACUGGUGGCGGUGGCGGUGGCGGAGGAGUAUGCUUUAACUGCUACUCCCUCUUGUAACUAACUGCUUCUUCUCCGUCGACGUUGGAAUUUCUAGAUCCGUAUUCUAAAGUUGCAGCAGCGUUUGAUCUCUUCGUUCUUCGCUUCAAUUUCUCAGUUUUGUGCUGGAAGGAAGAUUGGUAAGCUGUGUGAACAUGUCGUUGAAAAGCAUAGUUCGUGAAAUAAGGGAGAUGAGGGAUGGCAUAGGUAGCAUAUCAAAGCGAGGUGCAGAAGGCAAGCAUUGGCUUCGUCGGACAAAGUCACACAUUGCUCCGGAUGUCCUUGUAACUCCAUAUGAGCCCGUUCAACAGGGACAGUGGGCAAAUUUACCACCGGAAUUGCUUUUGGACAUAAUCCGGAGGGUUGAAGAGAGUGAGACAUCUUGGCCUGAUAGGGCUGUUGUUGUUUUUUGUGCUUCGGUAUGUAAAUCAUGGAGGUCCAUUACCAAAGAGAUCGUCAAGACUCCUGAACAAUGUGGAAGUAUCACGUUUCCUAUUUCAUUGAAGCAGCCGGGUCCUCGUGAUUCUCCAAUACAGUGCUUUAUAAGGAGGAAUAGAGUAACUUCUACAUAUCUAUUGUACCUUGGUCUGGUGCCAUCGGAGAAUGAGGGUAAUAAGCUGUUAUUAGCUGCCAAAAGGACAAGAAGGGCAACAUGCACCAAUUUUGUCAUAUCCUUGGCUGCGGAUGAUUUUUCUAAAAGCAGCAGCAAAUAUGUUGGUAAACUGAGGUCUAAUUUUUUGGGCACCAAGUUCAAUAUAUACGACAGCCAACCUCCCCAUGAUGUAGCAAUUCAACCAAAUUGUCGAUCUAGUAGAAGAUUUAGUUCUAAGCAAGUUUCACCAAGAGUUCCAGCAUGUAACUAUCUCGUUAGCACCGUGUCCUAUGAGCUGAGUGUUCUCUGCACUAGAGGGCCAAGAAAAAUGCACUGCAUCAUGAACUCUAUACCCAUCUCAGCUAUCCAGGAAGGGGGCAACGCCCCAACUUCAACAUCUUUCCCUCAAAUACUUGACGAACCUUUUUCUCCCUCUCCAGCACUGAAAGGAAAACGUCCAGCUGCAGAUUCAAACUCUGGUAGCCUAUCAGAGCUACCAGCAUUGAGCCAAGACUCGGUUGAGCCCUUAGUACUGAAAAACAAGGCUCCCAGAUGGCACGAACAGCUACAGUGCUGGUGCCUGAACUUCAAGGGUCGUGUUACGGUGGCUUCUGUUAAGAACUUUCAGCUCGCAGCUUCCGUCGAUCCAUCGCACAAUGUUUCUGCCGCGGAGCAAGAAAAGGUGAUCUUGCAGUUUGGAAAGAUUGGAAAAGACAUGUUUACCAUGGAUUACCGUUAUCCACUCUCUGCCUUCCAAGCCUUUGCCAUCUGCUUGAGCACCUUUGAUACUAAACCAGCCUGUGAAUGAGAACCGUGUUAGUAUAUGGUGAUCUUCUGCUAAUUUGUUGCUUAUAUAUAUAAAUGUCAGGCAGAGUUUAUCAAGCAUGGAGGAUGCUGCUGAAAAACUUAGCUGUGCAAUCAUUAGUGUUCUCUUGUUGUAUUUAUUGUUGGUUCUGUAAUUUAUGCUGUCAGUUGUUUCAUGGUACUGCAGAAUUGUAUAAUACAUAUCUAUUGCUAGGUAUUCCUCA